AUGAGUUUACACGGACUUGGCGUGAUUGGGGCCCAGGUGGCCGCGGCGAUCAAAACCGACGAGAAACUCCCAACGACGCCUAAUAUCGCGCCCCCACGAUGUUCCAUCACGUCUUCGCCUGGGGCUCACAGCCAGGAGUUUGAUCCAUCGAUCGGUGCAAAGCCAUGCUCGCCUUUCUAUCCUCAUUCAAGUCCAACUAUCUCACACGAACAACUCACCUUCGAAACGAAGAAUGCCAACCGGAGAAGCAAUUUGAGAGACCUGGAAAGCAUGGGCCCAUACGCAAGCUGCCGAACCGAUAGUCCCCGACGAUCGAAGUUGUGGGAGGAAGAGAACAAACCAUUGACAUGGUUGCAGUCUUUGAAUAACAAACAACGGAUGGCACUGAAGGCAGUCGUGGCUGUAGUGACGGUGGGGACUAUGAUUGCAAUCGCAUUGGGCAUCACUGCGGCGGUAGGAGGAGCAGGUUGGAAAGCCAGUGCCGAAAAAACGGCAACUGGGGGAUAA